AUGGGAUGUUCUUCCCACGGUGCAGUCAUAUGCGCUGUCAAGGCUUUCUUUAGUCACGUGGUCAAUAGAGACAUGGGAGAAAUUGUCAGCAACUUUGGAGACUUCUACAGAGAGCUCACCAGUGAGAGGCAGCUCUGCUGGAUUGGACCAGAGAAAGGUGCUGUGCACUUGGCCACAGCUGUGGUCCUGAAUGCUCUAUGGGACAAGUGAAAGGGAAAGUUUAUGUGGAAAUUACUAGUUGACAUGGAUGCCAAACAAUUGCUAUUCUGCAUGGAUUUCAGAUAUAUUACUGAUCUUCUAACAGAUAAGAAGCUUAUGAAAUACUCUAAAGUGGCCUGCUUGGGGAAAAAGGAAAGGGAAGAGCAAAUGUUGAAGCAUGGAUAUCUGGCUUAUACAACAUCCUGUGCCUGGCUGGGCUACUCAGACCAGCAGUUAAAACAGCUAUGUUCAGAAGCCUUGAGAGAAGGCUGGACAAUGUUCAGAGUAAAGGUGAGUGCAGAUCUGCAGGAUGAUAUUUGCAGAUGCAGAUUUGUAGGAGAAAUGAUUGGUCCAGACAAAAUAAUGAUGCUGGAUGCAAACAAACAAUGGGAAAUAAAGGAAGCAAUAGAGUGGGUCACUAAACCAUCUGAGUUUAAACCCUUGUGGAUUAAGGAGCCAACUUUUCCAGAUGAGGAUAUGCCUUUCCAGACAGGACAUGCAGCCAUUUCAAAGGCCCUAGCACUGCUAGAAAUUGGUGUGGCAACCAGAGGACACUGCCACAGCAGAGUGAUAUUUAAACAGCUUCUACAAGCUAACGCCUUGAGUUAUCUCCAAAUUGACAGCUGCAGGCUGGGAAGUGUGAAUGAAAACUUGUCUGUGCUGCUGAUGGCCAAAAAAUUCUGGAGUAAGGCUCUGCAAAAUGCAUAUGGACUUGGGGGUCUCUCUGAAUUAGUCCAGCACUUGAUAAUAUUUAAUUAUAUCCUAGUAUCUGAAAGCCUUGAAAGCAGUAAGGCCAAUUUUGCAAUGUAUCACAACAUGUCAGAAAUAAUGUGGGUUACAAAAGCUUGA